CGUUCGACGCCGUGAUUACCGCACGGUCGCGCUGGCAAUAAGAGGUUAUCCAAGUCCACGACGCUCCGGAGACUUUUAACGCGUGGCUUCACCACCACUUCCGACGUAGUCCGCGAGGACAUGUAACAUCGGCUCGCCGCGCACCACGUGCUGCUCCCACGUUGCUCCCCGGACACGCACUUUUUUUCUUCCCAGGUAACCGGUAUCUCGCGAAGUGAUUGAAACUCGAACGAACGCGCCGCGGUCAUGCUCGGUAAUUUGAUCAAAGCUCGCGCUAUUUUCGCGCAGCCGUUCGCACGAACGUGGCUGUUAGGUCACGAGGCAAGAUUGCGUCAGACGCCCCUACGUCGCCGCUCCACGUCGACUGAGCUGAAGAGACGUCUGAAGGCGGAGCAGAAGGCCAAGGAGAAGGCCGAGAAGGAGGCUAAGGCAACGGUGGUUAAGGAACAAGCGAAGGACGCCGAGAAGAAGAACGAUGUCGAGGAAGAGAUCGGCCCAAAUGAAUACUUCAAGCUCCGGACAUCGACGGUCAGUCAGCUCAAAGCUAACAACGAACAACCUUAUCCGCAUAAGUUCCAUGUGUCGACCUCCCUAGAAACAUUCAUCGAGAAAUUCAGCAAUGUCGUGAAGGACGGAGAAACGAUCGUGAAUGAGGUGCACAGUAUCGCCGGGCGCGUCCACUCCAUUCGCGGGGCCGGUGCCAAGUUGAUCUUCUUCGAUCUCCGAGGAGAAGGCGUCAAGGUGCAAGUGAUGGCCAAUGCGAGGAAUUACAAAGACGGGGAGAAGUUCGCGACGGAUAUCACCAAGAUCAGGAGAGGCGACAUCAUAGGCGUCGUCGGCAAUCCGGGGAAGAGCAAGAAGGGCGAAUUCUCCAUCAUGCCGCACUCUAUUACUCUCCUAAGUCCGUGCCUGCACAUGCUGCCGCAUCUCCAUUUCGGUCUGAAGGACAAAGAGACAAGAUAUCGGCAACGAUACCUGGACCUCAUUUUAAACAACCGAGUCCGGCAGAUUUUCUACACACGCGCCAAGAUAAUCGCCUACGUACGCAGUUUUCUGGAUAAACUAGGCUUCCUGGAGGUCGAGACGCCUAUGAUGAAUAUGAUCGCCGGAGGUGCCACCGCUAAACCCUUCAUCACCCACCACAACGAGCUCAGUAUGGAUCUCUACAUGAGGAUCGCUCCGGAGUUGUAUCACAAGAUGUUAGUCGUCGGUGGGAUCGACAGAGUGUACGAGAUCGGCAGGCAGUUCAGGAACGAGGGCAUCGACAUGACCCACAAUCCCGAGUUCACCACCUGCGAGUUCUACAUGGCGUACGCGGAUUACAACGACCUGAUGGUCAUCACGGAGGACUUAGUGUCCGGCAUGGUGAAGACGAUCCACGGCACUUACAAGAUAGUCUACCAUCCCGAUGGGCCGGAGGGUGAGGAGGUAGAGAUCGACUUCACGCCACCUUUCAAGCGCAUUUCGAUGAUGAAGACGUUGGAGGAGGCCCUCCAAGUUAAACUGCCGAAAGCCGACCAGCUCAACACACCGGAAGCGACCAAGUUCCUGAAUGAUCUUUGCAUGAAGCACGACAUCGAAUGCCCUCUUCCCAGGACGUCUGCAAGAUUGUUAGACAAGCUCGUUGGAGAAUUUAUCGAGGAGAAGUGUGUCAAUCCCACGUAUAUCAUAGAUCAUCCACAAGCGAUGUCUCCGUUAGCCAAGUGGCAUCGUUCCGAGGAAGGCCUCACGGAACGGUUCGAACUGUUCGUCAUGAAGAAGGAGAUUUGCAAUGCGUACACCGAAUUGAACGAUCCGUUCGUUCAAAGAGAAAGGUUCGAGCAACAGGCGAAAGAUAAAGCAGCCGGCGAUGAGGAGGCACAGAUGGUCGACGAGACUUUCUGCACUGCUCUGGAGUACGGCCUGCCGCCGACGGCUGGCUGGGGCAUGGGUAUUGAUCGCCUAACAAUGUUCCUCACCGACUCGAACAAUAUUAAGGAGGUGCUGCUCUUUCCCCACAUGAAGCCCGAUGAGAACCCAAAUAGAAUCAAAGAUGUCAUCGAGGAUGACAAUGCGCCGAAUGUCAGUGGCGAGACGUAAGACGGUGGAGAAGCGAUGUUAUUUAUUUAAUAAUAAUGUGACGCACUUUUUCUUACCGUAGUGUAAGAAUUUUCCUUUCUCUCACUGGAUAUAACCCGGUUUUUCCCAGAGAAAUAAAGUUUUUUAAAUUCGGUUAACAACA